CAACCAUUGGCAUGAACAGAAGUGGAGCCUGAGGCCCAGGGCCAGGGCCUGGAGGGUCUGGUUGAUGGCCGCUGAGCACCAUUCAAACAGAGACGAUCAAAAUAAUAGUACCUAGGCAUUGCAGCGACGUUGGCCCGAGUACUGUACAUAUGUGCUGGUGGCGCACAGGGACACUUCGUCAAGCAUGAUUCUCGCGCCAAGGUCCAUCCUGUGCAAUCUCACCCUAAUCGCACCAUUGACGUGCUCCAAGGAUGGUGGCAAAUUGGCUCACUCUGAUCUGUGACUUCCUGCCCUUUUGUUCAGUCAGCAUUGACCGCCGCAUCAGCCCAUUUGCAGUGCAAUCGAGAGCAUUCCUGGCAGCUGCAACGUGACGUGCUGCAGAACGAGCGUGCACUAAUGGCGGGAGCUGGGCUGGCCAGCAAGUGGGGCUUGCUGGUGGCCUGCAUGUGGAUCCAGUCGUGUGGGGGCAAUUCGUACAACUUCGCCAUCUACAGCGCCGCAAUUAAAGACAAGCUGCGGUAUGACCAGACGCGGCUGGACACUUUGGCGGUGGCCAAGGACGUGGGCGGCAAUGUGGGCAUUCUGUCAGGCGUGCUGUGCGAUGUGCUGCCAGCAUGGGCCCUUCUACUGAUAGGCGCCACCCAGAACCUCGCGGGCUACUUGGGCCUCUGGCUGGCCGUUACGGCAAAGAUUCCGGAACCGCCACUGUGGGGAACAAGUAUCCUCAUUUGCCUAGGGACCAACGGCGCCACCUUCUUCAACACGGCUGUGCUCGUGACAUGCUUGCGCACCUUCCCCCACAAUCGCGGCAUGGUGCUGGGCUUGCUCAAGGGCUUCAUUGGCCUCAGCGGCGCCAUCUUCACACAGCUCUACCUCGUGCUCUACUCGCCGGAUCAGGUCUCCUUUUUGCUACUGAUUGCGGUGCUGCCGGCGGUGGUGGCGGUCCUGCUGUCCCCUCUAGUUCGAGAGCAGCCGCCAGCUGGCGAUGAGGACAGCGAGCCCGCGCAGGAGACGUCCACGCUGCUGGCCCUGUACGGGGCGAGCCUGCUCCUGGCCGCCCUCCUGCUGGCCGCCAUGCUGGCCCGGGAGCUGCUGCCCGGCAGCAUGCGCUUGAGCGCCGGUCUGACCGCGGGCAUCCUGGGUCUGCUCUUCGCCCCCGCCCUCGUCUCACUGCGCGCCUGGCUCAGACGGCAAGAGGCAAACGAGCCGGAAGCGCAGAACCUGCUCGAGGACGGAACGGGCCACACGGCAGCGGGGCAGAGGAACACAGAGGGCGUGCAUGCGCAGCUCAUGCCCGGGCCUUGGGAUAGCCGCUCCGUGGUGGAAACAAAUGACAGGAGGGGCGGCCUGCGAAGCACAGAGCCCCAUGCAGCAGCCAGGUCGACGGAAGCGGAGAGCGCUGAGGGUGGGGCCCAAGUGCGCGAGAGUACAAGGCCCGCACGGGGCUCGGACCACACGCUGGGGCAAGCGGUACAGGGGGCGGACUUCUGGCUGCUUUGCACGUCGCAGAUCAUUGGAGCGGGCUGCGGCCUGACCGCCAUCAACAACCUGGCCCAGGUCGGGGCUGCUCUCGGGCAGGCCCGCAGCGUGGGCGUCCUGGUGGGGCUGGUCAACGUCUGGAGCUUCCUCGGGCGCAUCGCGGGCGGGGCCGUCUCCGAGUACUAUGUGCGCGAGCGGGGGGCGCCGCGGCCCCUCUUCCUGCUCUUCGUCCAGGCGGCCAUGGCAGCGGGGCACCUUUCCUUCGCGGCCGCCGUCCCCGGGGGCCUCCACGUGGGCUCGGUGCUGGCCGGCGUCACGUACGGCGGGCAGUGGGCGCUCAUGGCCGCCACGGCCAGCGAGCUGUUCGGGCUGGCGCACUUCGGCACGCUCUACAACGUGCUCGCCAUGGGCAGCCCCGCCUCCACGUACCUCCUCUCGGCACGCCUAGCAGGUUGGAUCUACGACAAGGAGGCCAGGCGACAACGACGAGCGGCCUGGCCGGCCGAGUCCAGCGGCAGCUGCACGCUCAGCCGGAAGCUAGUUAGCACAGCUACCACGCCUUUCAUGCUGGCCGUUGAAGGCAAACCGGACGAGAGCUGGGGUCUGCAUGGAGGACGGCCCAAGAGGCAGGCCCGGGCAUCUCGUGCAGGGGCUUGGGCGUCAGCUGUAGCGGCGGAGCCGGGCAGCCGGGGAGGGAGAGCGCCGGCUCUUCGACCAGACUGUCCACCCACCUGUAGCGGGGCGCAUUGUUUUCGACUCACCUUCCUGAUCCUGGCAGGAGUGUGUGCGCUCGGCAGCGUAGUCAAUGGCUGGCUAGCUCUUAGAACGCGGAGCUUCUAUCGAGAGAGAAGGCAGGAGGGGUUAAGGAAAGAGGAGACGAGACAACGACACUUGAAUGCUGGCUAGAACAACGGUGCCACCUCUUUUAAGCCUCAACCUGAUUACAGAGAGCAUGAACAUGAGUGAACUCGACUCGUAUCUGCUCCACUCGUGCCAAGCUUCUCGGGUCAACUAAAUCUCCGGC